GCAGCGGAAGUGUGAUGCGGCGGCGUUCGUUCGGUCUCCGGCGAUGAUGCUUCGGGGCUUAACGCAUAACGGCAUCCAGAGCAGAGCGACGCGCGUGCGCACCAGCGGGGGCUGAGGACGGACAACAGCUGUACCGGAGGCCACAAUGCGACUGGCGCUCUGGGCUCCUGCCUUGGUCUGCAUCGGCAAUAGCUGCGCAGAGUGAUCCAGAGAGCUCGUACUAUGCGCUCCUCUAGACCCACACACAGAAGAGCACAAGCGGAGCCGUCUCAAAAUGAGCACCGGAUUCAGCUCGAGCUCCUGCCGCUUCGCGGAUUAUUUCGUGACCUGCGGUCUGGACACCGAGAGCGGCUUAGAACCAGACGAGCUGUCCGCUUUAUGCCAGUAUAUACAGGCUACUAAAUUCAGAGAUGUUGCCAGAGGAAAGUUGGCGGGUGCAAAAGAAGGUGAGAAUUUUGAGCAGAGUCCACUGCGGAGAACUUUUAAAUCUAAAGUUCUAGCGCACUAUCCCGACAAUGUGGAGUGGAACCCUUUUGACCAGGAUGCAGUGGGCAUGCUCUGUAUGCCAAAGGGCUUGUCCUUCCGCACCCAGACAGACAUCCGCAAGCCCCAGUUCCACUCUUUCAUUAUCACGAGAGAGGACGGCUCCCGAACCUACGGCUUUGCCCUCACCUUCUUUGAGGAGGUGACCAGCAAGCAGAUCUGCAGUGCCAUGCAGACGCUCUACCACAUGCACAAUGCAGAACAGUACGACAUCUUGCACACGCCACCCACACCUCGCAGUGCAGAAGACACCCGUUCCACCCCUCAACAACUGCUCGCUGCUCCCUCUUUGUCUCGACUGCAGCGUUUCAACUCCUACGACAUCAGCCGAGACACACUCUAUGUGUCCAAAUGCAUCUGCCUGAUCACACCCAUGGCCUUCGCCCACGCCUGCAGAAGGGUUCUGGAACAGCUGCACCAGGCCGUCACCUCACCUCAGCCCCCGCCGAUGCCGCUGGAGAGCUACGUCUACAAUGUCCUCUACGAGGUCCCGCUACCACCGGCCGGGCGUUCCUUGAAGUUCUCGGGCGUAUACGGGCCAGUGGUGUGUCAGAGACCCAGCACGGCUGAGCUGCCCCUCUUUGACUUUCCCCUGCAGGAGGUGUUUGAGCUGCUAGGCGUGGAGAACGUGCUACAGCUCUUCACCUGUGCACUGCUGGAGAUCCAGAUCCUUCUGUACUCGCAACAUUACCAGCGGCUGAUGACGGUAGCGGAGAGCAUCACAGCUUUAAUGUUCCCCUUCCAAUGGCAGCAUGUGUACGUGCCCAUCCUGCCCGCUUCACUGCUCCACUUCCUGGACGCUCCUGUGCCCUACCUCAUGGGUCUGCACUCCAACGGCCAGGAUGACCGCACCAAGCUGGAACUUCCCCAAGAGGCCAACCUUUGUUUUGUCGAUAUUGACAACCACUUUAUCGAGCUACCUGAGGACCUGCCUCAGUUCCCCAACAAGCUGGAGUUCAUCCAGGAGAUCUCGGAGGUUCUGUUGGCUUUCGGCAUAUCUUCAGAGGCAAAGCCACAGUGCAGCGAGGGCCAGAGCAAGCUCAGGGUCUUCCGCUCGGGUGACAUGGCUUCUGACAAGCGCAACGGCAACCUGGCCGGCUCACCGCUCAACUCGUACUUGCUGAGAGAAAACCAAACCAUAGCUCGUCUGCAAGCGCUGGUCAAGAGGACUGGAGUCAGUCUGGAGAAGCUGGAUGUAAAGGAGGAUACGAGCACUCAUAAGGAUUCAAAAGUGCAGUGUGAUGAAGAAGAGCUGAAAAAGUAUCAGUUGAACAUUCAUGUGCGAGAGGUCUUCGCCAACCGCUUCACGCAGAUGUUCUCUGACUAUGAGGUGUUUGUCAUUCAGCCCAGCCAAGACAAAGAGUCCUGGUUCAGCAAUCGAGACCAGAUGCAGAACUUUGACAAGGCCUCCUUCUUGUCGGAUCAGCCCGAACCUUACCUGCCAUUCCUCUCUCGCUUCCUGGAGACGCAGAUGUUUGCCUCUUUCAUCGACAGUAAGAUCCUGUGCCACGAUGAUGAGGACAAAGAGCACACACUGAGAGUAUUUGAUUCCCGUGUUGACAAGAUCCGCAUGUUAAAUGUCAGGACACCCACCCUGCGGACCUCCAUGUACCAGAAAUGCACCAACAUUGAUGAAGCAGAAAAGGCCAUUGAGAUGAGACUGUGUAAGAUCGACCACACGGCUCUGCAUCCCCACCUGCUGGACAUGAAGAUCGGUCAGGGCCGCUAUGAGCCAGGCUUUUUCCCCCGCUUACAGUCUGAUGUUCUCUCUACUGGACCCACCAGCAACAAAUGGGCGAAGCGCAGUGCACCAGCACAAUGGCGGAGGAAGGACAGACAGAAACAACACACUGAACAUCUGGACAAUGACCAGAGAGAGCAUGUGGAGUGUCUGUUUUCUGAGCUUCAGCUUCUGCUGGCUCUGGACUACUACUGGUUCUCGCAGUCCUUCAGGCCCUGUCUAAAGUCCGUCAAGGUGGAUGUGAAGUACAUCCAGGAGGCCAGGAACCUGGGCACCACUCUCCGCCAGCCCAAGCUCUCCAACCUGUCACCUUCAGUCAUCGCACAGACCAACUGGAAGUUUGUAGAGGGACUGUUAAAAGAGUGCAGAAAUAAGACCAAACGCAUGCUGGUGGAGAAGAUGGGACGGGAAGCGGUGGAGCUGGGCCACGGGGAGGUUAGCAUCACUGGUGUAGAGGAGAACACACUCAUCGCCAGCUUGUGUGAUCUGCUGGAAAGAAUCUGGAGCCACGGUCUGCAGGUCAAGCAGGGAAAAUCUGCCUUGUGGUCGCACCUCUUACAUUAUCAGGAGAGUAAAGAGAAGAGAGACGCUACUCCAGCAGGCCUCGUCCCUCCUGGCAUCAUUCAUGACACAGAGAGACGGAAGUCAGAUGCUGGCUGUGCAAUGCCUCCUCUCAAGGUCUCUAUGAUACAGGACAUGAGGCACAUCCAGAAUAUCAGUGAGAUCAAGACAGACGUUGGGAAGGCCAGGGCAUGGGUUCGUCUUUCCAUGGAGAAGAAACUGCUGUCCAGGCACCUGAAGCAGCUGCUGUCUGACCAUGAGCUCACCAAGAAACUCUAUAAGCGCUAUGCUUUCCUGCGCUGUGAUGAUGAGAAGGAGCAGUUCCUCUACCAUCUCCUCUCUUUCAACGCUGUGGACUACUUCUGCUUUACCAACGUCUUCACCACAAUUAUGAUACCAUAUCAUGUGGUCAUCAUUCCCAGCAAGAAACUAGGUGGCUCCAUGUUUACGGCCAACCCCUGGGUGUGUGUGUCAGGGGAGCUAGCUGAGACUGGAGUCCUGCAGGUCCCCAAAAACACUCUGGAGAUUACAUUUGAGUGCCAGAACCUGGGGAAGCUGACCACAGUACAGAUGGGCCAUGAUAACUCAGGACUGUAUGCUAAGUGGCUAGUAGAGUGUGUAAUUGUCCGCAAUGGGAUCACAGGGCACACCUACAAGUUUCCAUGCGGCCGUUGGCUCGGGAAAGGAGUAGAUGAUGGCAGCUUGGAAAGGAUACUGGUGGGCGAAUUGGUGACUAACACGGAGACUGAUGACAGAAUGUGCCGGACUCCUCCAAUGCAGCAAUCCCCUGGGAUGAUGCGAAGAUUUGUCACCAUUUCGCCAAACAGCAAACCAAAGUUAAACACGGGCCAGAUCCAGGAAGGGGUGGGAGAGGCCAUUAACAGUAUCGUCAAACACUUCCAUAAGCCAGAAAAAGAGAGAGGAAGCCUCACAUUGCUUCUGUGUGGAGAGUACGGUUUGGUAUGGGCUCUAGAGCAGGUGUUCCAGCAUGGCUUCAAGUCUCCUCGCCUUUUCAAGAACGUCUUCAUUUGGGACUUUCUAGAAAAAGCGCAGGUCUGCUUUGAGAGUACAGAACAGAGUCAGAUGACCCAGGAUGAGAACUGGCAGAUGAGAGUGCGCCAUUUCUGUCAUUUCAUGCGCGCCAUCAACAGCACACCCAGAAACAUUGGCAAAGACGGGAAGUUUCAGAUGCUUGUGUGUCUCGGAGCCAGAGAUCACCUGCUGCACCACUGGAUCGCACUUCUUGCCGAGUGUCCAAUCACAGCACAGAUGUACGAGGACAUGGCGCUCUUAAAGGACCAUUCUCUGGUGAACUCUCUGAUUCGAGUGCUACAGACUCUGCAGGAAUUCAAUAUCACUCUGGAGGCCUCUCUCGUCAAAGGGAUCGGGAUAUAAUGCCGUCUGAAUGUAGAACUAACACACAGAUCAGCGGGACCAUGGACUAACUUUUUUUUAUAUGGAGAGACUUGAACAAAAGGACUAAACCUGGCUUGCGUUAAAACUACUGUCAUGUUUGCCAUAUAUUAAGUGCAAUGAGCCUUUUCAGACGUGUCAUUAUUUUUAUCAACAACGUUACUGACAUUCAAAUAUGUCUAUUAUUUUGAUCCAUACUUUUCACAAAAGGUGAAAACCCCCACCUGUGCUAUACCGUUUUAUUAAAAGCUCAAUAUUUUUCGUUGUUGUUGUUGUGGACUGCUGACAAUGG